AAACGUAUCAUGCAUUCAUUGGUUUGCUUGCUUUUUGCAAAGUAACAGAAGAAGAAUUGUUCGUAAUUUUCGCUAACUCGAGUCCCUUCAACAAAAGGAAGCAGUUUUGCUUGAAAUCAACAAGUGAAUAUAAAAGUGAAAAAGUUUUUCAAGUUCAACGAUAGACAAACGAGUGCCAGUCACAACUCGUGGUCAAAGCGGAGGAUAAAACAAAUCGGCAAGGAUUAUUCUACCGACGAGCCUAGCAGCAUUAGACGUAACAAUUCCAACAAUUCGACAGCAAUUUCGCGCUGAAAAUCACCUUACAAGUGUUUGAAAGUGAAAGGCACCUACUUUGCAAAAGUUUCAGCGAUUAACUCAAGCAAGAGAACAUUUUGCGGAAAAAGUGAUCAAAGCAGAAAAAUAACAGCAGCUUAAACAGCUCAGUUCUUCAAAUCUUAUACAACAGUCAACUAGUAAAACAAAAAUAACACAUACCAAAAUGAUGGCCGUUGCUGCUGCCCAGAAGAACCGCGAAAUGUUCGCCAUCAAGAAGUCCUACAGCAUCGAGAAUGGUUACCCAUCGCGUCGCCGUUCCCUAGUUGAUGACGCCCGCUUUGAGACUAUUGUAGUCAAGCAAACCAAGCAAACGGUUUUGGACGAGGCCCGCACUAAGGCCAACGAAGAUCCCAGCUUGGAAGAUACCGUCGCCCAGGCCGAAGAACAGCAGCCACAAGCUGACGAUCUUCCGUACAAAUCGGAAGAGACCGAGUCCAACGACAAUCAGGAUGAAAUUGACGACGCUGGCCUAACGGAGGAGGAAGUCGUUCUGCAGAACGCCGCUUCCGAAUCGCCCGAGGCCGAGAAGGAGUUGGUCCGUGCCGCCGUGGUGGUUCACCUACGUGACGGCAUGGGCUCUCUGGGACGUAUCCUGAAGGCCGUUGAGACCUACCACGGAACUGUGGUGCACCUGGAGUCGCGCCAAUCGCGCAGCGACGGAGUCAUGUUCGACGUCCUCAUCAAGGUCGACAUGGCCCGGUCCAAUCUGCUGCAGUUGAUCCGUUCGCUGCGUCAAACCGCCUCGUUCGGCAGCGUUAGCCUGCUGGCCGAGAACAACGUCAACGUCAAGGCCCCGUGGUUCCCGAGCCAUGCCUCCGAGCUGGACAACUGCAACCACCUGAUGACCAAGUACGAACCAGAUCUUGACAUGAACCACCCCGGUUUCGCUGAUCAGGUCUACCGUGCCCGUAGGAAGGAGAUUGCCGAAAUCGCUUUCGGUUACAAGUACGGAGACCCAAUCCCACACAUCAACUACACCGAAACCGAGAACAAGACCUGGUCGGCCGUGUUCAUCCGCGUUAAGGAACUCAUGACCAAGCACGCCUGCUCCGAGUACGUGACCGUGUUCAAAAAGCUCGAGGAAGAGAAGAUCUUCGUCAUGGAACGCAUCCCACAACUGCAGGAGAUGAGCGACUUCCUCCGCAUGAACACCGGCUUCACACUGCGUCCGGCUGCUGGUCUCCUGACCGCCCGGGACUUCCUCGCCUCGCUGGCGUUCCGCAUCUUCCAGAGCACCCAGUACGUCCGACACAUCAACUCGCCAUACCACACACCAGAACCCGACUGCAUCCACGAACUGCUGGGCCAUAUGCCACUGCUGGCCGAUCCGAGCUUCGCUCAGUUCUCCCAGGAGAUUGGUCUUGCCUCGCUGGGCGCGUCGGAUGAGGAAAUCGAGAAGCUAUCUACGGUCUACUGGUUCACCGUAGAGUUCGGUCUGUGCAAGGAGAAUAACGAAAUCAAGGCCUACGGUGCCGGUCUGCUGUCGGCUUACGGAGAACUGCUGCAUGCCAUCAGUGAGAAGCCAGAGCACCGCGCAUUCGAUCCGGCCAGCACCGCCGUCCAGCCCUACCAGGACCAAGAAUACCAGCCAAUCUACUACGUCGCCGAGAGCUUCGAGGAUGCCAAGGAGAAGUUCCGCCGCUGGGUCUCGACCAUGUCCCGGCCGUUCGAGGUCCGCUUCAACCCACACACCGAGCGCGUUGAAGUGCUCGACUCCGUCGACAAGCUCGAAACCCUCGUGUCACAGCUCAACACCGAAAUCCUGCAUCUGACGAAUGCGAUCGCCAAGCUGCGACAGCCGUUCUGCUAAAGACAGCUGCACUAAGAAACUAUGCUGUGAAUUCCCAGUCGUCCAUCAAAUGACAUCAUCAGAGUGCCAUCGGGUGCCGUCGGCCUUCGAAAAUUGCCGAACCCGUCCCGUCCCCUGGCACUCGAGACCAAAACCCCCCAACGAAGCAAAUGACGAACGACAGGACAUUCCAGAAGGUUUUACUUUAACUACUACACACGAUCAACAGCCAAAAACUGCAACAGGUCAACAACAGUAUUCUCACACCACUCUCUCUAAUGGACCCAUCCUGGGACGCCAGGAUGGAGCAAUACCCCUUUGAUCCAACUCCCGAACCCCACCCGUGACGCAACAGAUCAACACCCCAACAACCUCGAGGCAGCUUUCGUUCAUAUUUUCCGGAGAAUAUGGACGCACCAAUGAAGCAGGAGAUCAACCCUGGCCUUUCGGGGCCGGGGUGGACGAAACACUUUCAGGCCAAACUUUUGGAAUUCGAUCAAAAUUUCGCGAUCUGAGUGUUCAGCGAAAUCAUCACAUCGCAAGUUCCAAAGAACUACCACGAAAUUUCCAGACAGGCACUAGAACCCUUGUUGCGACCAACCCUUCCCCUCCCCUUGUAACGUCCUCUAUUUUAUAUUUUCAUAAAAUAUCCCUAUUGUACAUCGAUCAUUGUAGAGUAGAGAUACUUUGUAGUAAACUAUCUUUUAUUUAAAGAUUCGUAA